AUGGCGCGGUGCAGAAGUGGCCACCUGUCUCUGCUCUCUCUGGUGCUUCACGGCGAGCUCCUUAACCCUCUCCUUAACCCUCUCCUUAACCCUCUCCUUAACCCUCUCCUCAGCCCUGUCCUAAUCUCAUCUGAUCUGGGAGGAGGCAGUGUCAUGGCGAGGCGAGGCUUUAUCCUAACCCUCCCUGGAUUACAGCUGCGUGUGGAGACCAGCGCUGAGCCAGGUACAGACCAUGCCUUCAUCUAUCACAAUAAAAUAAUCAUAAUAUCCUCAUCGGCUCCUCAUUGGCUCCUCUUUGGCUCCUCUUUGGCUCCUCAUCGGCUCCUCUUUGGCUCCUCUUUGGCUCCUCAUCGGCUCCUCAUCGGCUCCUCAUUGGCUCCUCUUUGGCUCCUCUUUGGCUCCUCUUUGGUUCCUCUUUGGCUCCUCUUUGGCUCCUCUUUGGCUCCUCUUUGGCUCCUCUUUGGCUCCUCAUCGACUCCUCAUCGGCUCCUCAUUGGCUCCUCAUUGGCUCCUCUUUGGCUCCUCAUCGGCUCCUCUUUGGCUCCUCAUUGGUUCCUCUUUGGCUCCUCAUCGGUUCCUUACUGGUUCCUCAUUGGCUCCUCACUGGCUCCUCACUGGCUCCUCACUGGCUCCUCACUGGCUCCUCAUUGGCUCCUCACUGGCUCCUCACUGGCUCCUCAUUGGCUCCUCAUCGGCUCCUCAUCGGCUCCUCAUCGGCUCCUCAUCGGCUCCUCAUCGGCUCCUCAUUGGCUCCUCACUGGCUCCUCAUUGGCUCCUCAUCGGCUCCUCAUUGGCUCCUCAUUGGCUCCUCAUUGGCUCCUCACUGGCUCCUCACUGGCUCCUCAUUGGCUCCUCACUGGCUCCUCAUUGGCUCCUCACUGGCUCCUCACUGGCUCCUCAAUGGCUCCUCAUUGGCUCCUCAAUGGCUCCUCAUUGGCUCCUCACUGGCUCCUCACUGGCUCCUCAUCGGCUCCUCAUUGGCUCCUCACUGGCUCCUCACUGGCUCCUCACUGGCUCCUCAUUGGCUCCUCACUGGCUCCUCACUGGCUCCUCACUGGCUCCUCAUUGGCUCCUCACUGGCUCCUCAUUGGCUCCUCUUUGCCGACACACGUCCACAGACAGGGAUCGAUGCAGAUGUAA